AUGAAGCCACAGAAAAGAAGUAUACGAGACUUCUUCGCCCCGCUAUCACAAUCUUCGCAGGCGACGCUGGAAAGCACCCCGCUCCAGAGAGCCAGUUCAAAUGCAAGCAAUGCACAGGCAUCCCGGUCGACCAACUCGAGCACGUCCGCGAUAACAACGGCGCCCGCACCGACUAGAGCGACAAGUACUGAGGCAGCACCUCCACAGCCGUCACAGAAUUCGGUCAACUCGGGCGCAAGCAGGCGCAUCGUCUCCAAUGGAGAGCAAAUAGUCCUCAAUUCAGACUCAGACUCAGACUCUCUGCCAGACCUUGAUUGGGGCGACUCCAAACCGAGCUUCAAGGUGUCAACGACCACUACACGUUCCAAACGCACAGCAGAUGAGGUCGACGGCGAUCUACGCAGGCCUCCGAAGAAAGAAAAAAGCAAGGAGCAAUCUUUUAGUCUACUUCUUGAGUCUGCGCACAAGAAUAUAGAAACAGAGCAGAGAAUCAAAGAGCACAAAGCUGUCCUGGAAGAGGAUUUGGAGGACACCCCUAAAGCCAAUCUCGCCAUCAAUGAAGACAUCCUGGGUCAAGCAGUCCAGGACGACGAUGACGAUCCUGAGAAAGCCCAUCGAUUGUUUCUCGCCAUGCAGAGAACUAAUGCUACGCAAUUGCAAAGCGUCUACUACUUCUUCGAGGACACGUCAGACUCUACACCUGUGCAACACCACAAGUUCCCUUACGAUAGCCUACCCAAACAGCGGUGGGCUUCUAGCUUUCAAGACUCAACAACACUAGACCAGGCUUUCUUGACCGGUUUUGCUCAUCAGGUAUUUCGCCUACAAGAGCUUCCAGAGGAGAUUGCUUCCUGGAUGCUCGAUCAAAUCUGCAUUGGCCGAAACGAAGUAUUAAAUGAACGGUUUCUUGAGAUACUAGAAUCACAUCAUGUGCAUUUCCAGACGCUACUCGACAUAAAGAAGCUUGACGCUAUAUUCAGUUCGAUAGGCGCCAAUGUCCAGAAGCUGAAUUCGGGUGCGAAGGUUGCACCAUCAUCCGAGGACCAGUCAGCCACCAGACCUUCACUACCAGCUUCGCUCAAAUCAACCGCGAAAUUGCUGCACAGAGCUGCACCAUGGUUGCAUACGAAAGUCAGGAGUCAUGCCUUGUACAUACUCUGCCACGUCUGUUUAGAUAACCGUGUCCAAGGGGACGUCGACGUCUUGAAUUCUGUCCAAGAUGCCAUAGAGGCCACCAUCUGCAACUUCGCCGACAACCAACGGCUGACAUCCGGCGUAGGAAGCCCUCCAGCAGAGCAGCAUACCCAGUCUCUAAUCGUCUCACAGCUUAGCGACACCAUUCCGCAAUUGCUAUCACGCAUCACUCACCCCAUCCUCCAAAGAAAUCUCAUCUGUGCACUACCAGCCAGAUCUCCCCUGACUACUUACCUCCGGCGGCACCUUGCUCUUUCAUUCCUGCUCGAUCCCACUACGGUCAACGUGCCACUCGCAGAUCCCAAAAUACCUGAUCUAGUACAUAAACAUCUGAAUACUUCACCAAAUUUCCGGAUUAACAAAGACACCGACUAUGGUCAUCUCGCUGCUCGUUUGACGCUGCUUGAUAUCGCCAUCGGCCCAGGCUUUCUAUCAGUUCCAUACCAACCACUCAUCAGUCCCGCGCCAUCCCGAGCAGGCUCUUCUCCCGUCACGUCACCAUUCCCAAUCUCCUCUGAAAUCAAGGACUUUAACAAAGAAGUAGAUGCCCUUGCGCAACAUAUCAAGCUUUUGGGCAAUACCAUCGUCGAAGCCGGAGCCGUGGUGGACCUCACAAUACUAGACGCAAAAGACUGCGUCGAGAGGUUGUGCUCACGACUAGAACAUGCUGCCAGAAUAGGUGGGAAGAGGGUUCACAAUAUUUUUGGCAAUCCAGAUGACGAGAGGCAGCUCAGGGUGAGCAAGUUCUUCUUGAACGCAAAGAAGCCAGCGACUCCUACACCGCAACGCGGGGGAAUCUUCGACGAGGAUGACAUGUGA